AAGCGGUUAGUAUGGAAGCAAUUAACAUUCUUAAAGAUGAGCUAUAGGUUUGAAGGGGAGGGGGCAAAGAAGUUCCCUGGUACGGAACCCCGCCUCCCACUAGUUGUGCAUGCUCCACAAUUCUGAUUGAUCUUGGCUUUGAAGUGAGAUAAAGUAUGGCAGCACUGUGAUGAGAUCAAGAUCUAUGACCUGGAGAGAAAGGGGGAUCUUGCAUUAGCCUAUGGGGUGUAUGAAAUCUACAUAGGAAUGUUGAAUUAAUCAGAAGAAUUACUGCCUCACACAAACCAGAUUAAUUAGUAAGACUUAGUAGGGUAGGAGGGGGGAGAAUCACACUUGGCUGCGAAGUGUGUUGUGCUUGUAAAGCUAUCAAACCGUCAUGGCAAGUCGCUUGGGACAAGAAGUUGGGAGGUCCUACAAUUUAUCAGCACAAGGUAUGCACCUGAAUAAUGGGGUGGCUCAGGAAGCGGGCUACAGUGUAUCGCCCGAUGGAUUCAGCAGCAUUUCGACACAAGGUUUCGUCUUUAAGGGAGACUAUGGACACCCACCAGCAGCGGAUCAAAAUUAUGUGGACCCAACAGGCAGGUUUGGUGGUGCCCACGGGUUCUCCAGGGCUUGGUACCCAUUCCCAGCCACGGAAGCUUGGCCCCAUGGUGGGAUGGUAGUAGGACACCACCCGUACCCAAAUGGAGCUUACGAGUCCCCAAGGGUGGACAUCAAACUAGAGAAGGAGGAGAAUAACUUUGAUUCAAAAGCUUCCACUACCAUUACCCAGCCAGGGACAAUUUACCCUCACCAUCCUUGGAAUCCCUGCUUCUUCUCCCCAAUCUCUUCAGGUGGGUUUGUGUCCAGCAUUUCUAUACCCUCCAAAAAUCUAGAGACAAUACCAAUUCCUCAUGUGGAGCCACCAGUAAGUCCACGGUCCAGCAGCGAAGACAGCCCUAGGAGUAAAAGCAGUAGCCCCUGCCCUGGGGUUGAGCAGGUGAACGGCAGCAAGGAAACCGCAUACGACAGUGGAGAUGAGGACACUCCCACAACAGAAGAGCUUGAACAGUUUGCCCGAGAACUGAAACACAAGCGGAUCACCCUGGGCUUUACACAAGCAGAUGUUGGGCUGGCUCUUGGUGCUUUAUAUGGUAAAAUGUUCAGCCAGACCACAAUUUGUCGAUUUGAAGCCUUGCAGUUGAGUUUUAAGAACAUGUGCAAACUGAAACCACUGCUCCAGCGCUGGCUCAAUGAGGCAGACAGCAAUGAAAAUCUUCAAGAGCUGUGCAGCAUGGAAAGUUUGUUGGUUCAAGCCCGCAAGAGGAAACGAACAAGCAUUGAGAACGACGUAAAGGGGACCCUGGAAUCUUACUUCCUCAGGUGCUGCAAGCCUACUUUACAGGAAAUCUCUCAGAUUGCUGAUAGUCUCAACCUGGAGAAAGAUGUGGUAAGAGUUUGGUUCUGUAACAGGCGUCAGAAAGGCAAGAGAAAUAACUGCGUGAGUAGUGAAGAGUAUGAGAACCCCAGUCACUAUGGGACGCCCAUGAUUCAGUCUCCCAUGGUGCCAAUGUCUUUGCCUAAUACACAAAUGUACAAUGGAGCUACACUCACAACUACCACCACUACCACACUCUAUAUGCCUCCAUUUCAUGAGGGGGAGUCGUUUGCACAAACCAUACCUCCUCCACUGACCAGGCCUCCUAUGCAUUCCAGUUGAACUGUUGGAAAACUGUAGCACUACAAAAGGUAGUGUAGAAGGCUAAAUAUACUGAGUAGUAAGAGAGACAAAAUUGCACAGUAUGGACUUUUCUUCAGGGAAGAGUGCAAAGCUGCUAUACAAGAUGCAUGCCAAGCAUAUGGCAUGUCAAGGAAGAGCCGAUGCAUUGUCUUGCAAUGAAAACUGUAAAAGAUGGAAAGAAUAAGUGCCUUAAACUGGGAUGGAGAGAGUGCAACUAACUGCUCCCCACUGUUGGGUGUUCUUUCAAUAAAACGCUCUAUGAAUGACCAAAGACCCCAGUUCCACUGCAAGUUACAGCAGACACCAAGCCAUUUAAAAGAUAUCUGAUAAGUCAAAGGAGAUGAGGAGGCUUUUUUUAAUUUUUUUUGUUUUAUGGAAACUAACAUUGGAGAGCUGACCUCCAAAGCAUUAUCUGUAGGCUGAAAAUUAUGCAUUUCUCCAUGACAGAUUGUGCCCUGUAAUGAUAUAGUUGUAUUACCUUCUAAAUGUUGAAUUCUGAAUGAUACCUAGAUAUAGAAACCCGUUGUUAUAGUAUCUGCUUCUAGAGUGAGAGGAGGAAGCUGCUACAGCUUGAGGAUACAGGUAUGUCCUCACACCGGAUAAAAAAAAAACAUAACAUUGGCUAGAUAAAUUAUAAUACCACUAUCUUUGGUUGAAUUUAUCUUGAUUAGCAUAAUGUCACUAGAAGCAAGGCAUGAUAAAGUAAUGUAGGUACUUGGGCUUCUUUACACCGUAAGGUACAAUACAGUUACUGUUCAAUGUAUUUAAUGAAAAAGUGUGAUAAACUCUGGUCCUGGACAUGACAGAGAAACCAUUGUGAAAUCAUGUACUGGAAACCGACCUGACCCAAUAUUUCCAUUGUGGCAUAUGACUGUGGCAGACAUCCACAGUAAUGGAUAAGUUUUCUUGACAGAAACUCCUCAAAGUCUUUAAUUUUACUGUCUAGCAGCAUACACGCACAAAAUCAAUGCCCAGUCUGGAUUCAUUUAUAGAAAGUGGGAUUGCCAAUGUAAACUGUCAGAAACACCAGUAGCCAGUUAAGCUAACAUCAAACACUGUUGGCAGCUGUCUGUAUGAAUAAAGUAGUGAAAAACCUGUUUUAGUUUCUGAUAGGAAAAUGUUUGCAGUUAGGUGAUAGCAGUGUGCAAAUGGUCAUGCCAAAACAGUGUUUUUAUUGCUAGUAUUUGUAGCACAUGCUGAUUUGUAACAAUUAAUUUUGAAAAUAUUUAAUUUACCAUCCCUUUACCAAACCUACGUAUGUCAAGAUUAAUGUUUUUGUCAUUUCGCUAGUCACCAAGGGGACUGGUACUGUUAAUGAAAUUCUUAAAUGUUUGUGCAAUAAAUAUACUAUCUUUUUAAGAAAA